CAGUAGGUUGUGCUGUUAUUGGAGGUAGGGGAAGCAGCUUGGAGGUCCAGGUCCAGAAUUACUCACGCUCCUUCAUAUAAAUAGAUUGAUUAGAUUAUCUGUGUUGCACGCAACUGGAGUAACAUCAAAAUGGGAGCGAUGCUUUCUUGUUGGAAGGCAAAACCUUCCACUAUAGAAGUAUUAGAAAAAAUUGACAAGGAAAUAAAUGCAUUGGAAGAAUUCAGGGAAAAAAAUCAAAGACUGCAGAAGAUCUGGAUUGGAAGACUGGUUCUGUAUUCAUCCACACUUUACAUCAUAACCUUUAUAAUUGUGUACAUGUGGUGCUUUCCAGAAGAAUGGGAUGCACGACUAACCUUGGCGCUUCCAGGAUUUUUAUUUCCCUUACUGGUGUGGUUAAUACGAAAAAUAUUGAUUUGGCUCUUUUGCAAAAGAACUGAAAGAAACAGUGAAGCUCUGGAAGGUUUAAAAGUACAAAAGAAGAAAAUUCUUGAAGAGGUCAUGGAAAAGGAGACAUACAAGAAUGCAAAGCUAAUUUUGGAGAGAUUUGAUCCAGAAUCUAAGAAAGCUACAGAACUUGAUCAGUUGACCUCUGGAAUGCCAGCUACUCCGAGACCUGGUCAAGAGCUUCGUCAGAGAUCAUCAACUCAGAAAGCUCAGGUUCCAUCCACUCCACAGAACCUCUCACAGGGAAAUCCACGACCUCUGCUGGCUCCCACGCCUAUUCAGCAUAGCACAACAGCUCCUGGUGGUCCGCCAGAAAAGACAUUACAGUCAGCUUUACACACGCCUGUUCUUGGGAGGCGGACAAUACCUCCAGCUGCCUCGAUGCCUGGAAUGGGUCUUCAUCCUCCAGGCCCACCCCUGGCAAGACCAAUCCUCCCUCGGGAUAGAGGAGCUGUUGAUCGAAUUAUUGAAUAUUUAGUUGGUGAUGGCCCGCAGAACAGAUAUGCACUUAUUUGUCAGCAGUGCUUUUCCCACAAUGGUAUGGCCUUGAAAGAAGAGUUUGAAUAUGUUGCAUUCAGAUGUGCGUAUUGCUUCUUUCUUAAUCCGGCACGGAGAACAAGACCUCAGGCUCCAAGACUUCCAGAAUUCAACUUUGAAAAAAGAACAUGUUGUGACUCUCAAAGCUCUGUUGGCUCUCAGUCUGCAGUUCAUGAUAGCCAACCUGCUAACGAACAAAAUGCAGAUGCUGAAACACAGAAUGUUGUACCUAUCGAUGAUACCAAUCAAGUUGAGAGUGGUAAAGAAGGAUCUACUUCAGUGGAGGUUGACAGACGUGAUGACAGGCAAAUAGAGCCUGAGGAACAACUAAAAGAAGAUGAAAAUGAUAUUGAAAUAACUAAAGUUGAAGAGUCUACUGAGGGAGACUGAAUGGCAAAGUGUCCUGCAACUCAGCAAGUAGCUGAAGCUUUAAUAUAUUUUCCCACAACAGCAUACUAGUUGGUAUUGCCAGAUGCUGAAUGCAAUGGGUUAACAGAUUAGGUAAAAAUUUAAAAGGUUCGACUCUUGUCAGUAUUAAAAUAACGUUACGAGUCUUUUUGUUUCUGCAGAAAAAAAAUCUAGAUUCACUGUAUGUAAUUCUUUGUGUUAAAUCUGCACAUUACCAGUAAUAUUAAAUAGCAAAGGCUGCUUUUUCAGUUGUCAGGUCACAGCGCCCUUUGGUUUUCAAACGUACGGUACAAAAUGGAUUAGAAUCCAAUUGCUAUUUAAAAUGGGUUGACCAUUUCACCCUAUUUCACUUGAAAUGAGAUUUACUUGGACAGAGGUCUUUUUUUUUAUAUUUUAAAGACUAUUUAAUUUAUAAUGCUUUAAAGUCUUGAAAGGUUUAAGCUGGAUUAGGAAAAAAGAUAAUUUAAUGGAAAAUACAUUUACUUGUCUGUCGGUGUAUAAGACUUGAUGUUUACAUUCAGAAAUUAAAAUCUAGCUUUUUAUAUUUUUAAACCUGGAACCUUUGGUUGUAGGGUUACCCAGUCCUUUGUAUAUUUAAUAUUUAAAAACUGUUCACUUGGAUAAUGUGUUUUCUUUGUCUGUGGAUGAUGAAUUCACAUGCUGUUGUAGAGGAGGUACAUUGCAGAUUUUUCUACUAAGUUUAUAUGAAAAGCUAUUGUGUUACAGGGACAAAAUAAUGAUCCAGGGAUUAUCCCCGGUGUUGUACGAUGUGCAUGUGCGCUUUAGAAAUUUUGAAAGUUAAAUAAAUUGUAAUUACCAUGUUUGCAUCUACUAAGUGCUUUAAACUAUUUAAAUUAUACUUUACCCCAUAUAAAAAUCAAAUUCAUAAUGCCUCAAAAGAGAUCCUGUGUUUUUGAUGUACUUAUUUAGUUGAUGCUAAAAUACCAUGCUCAUAACCACAAAAGGAUAAUUUUUAAAUAUUAUUCCACCUCAGUCAAAUAAUGAAUUUUAUUCCUCAAAUCUGAAAUUCCAGCUUGCCACUUAGUAUAUUGUGUGAAUGACCACUGCUCACACUGAUGUAUAUUUAGUUUCUGAUAACGUAGUAUCUCUAGAAUAAAUUUUAAAAAUAAGUGCUUCAUUAAAGCUAUGCUUCAAUUCAGUGAUUGACUGACUAUUGGGAUCUGCACUAGUAUGUUCAGAUUUUAAUCCCAGUUUUGAUGUGCAUGCAUUUCAGGUUUCAUGUACAACAAAUGUUAUUUUGUUGUUUAAUGAUAAGGUUGUGAGGAAAAUAAUAUAUUUACAUCUUGUGUAAUAAUGUGUCCAUGAAAUUGCCAUUGGGCCAAGCCAUGCAGCAGUUGAGUGUUCAGGAUGUACAAGACUUUUUUUUUGAGGAGCAAGGUGCAAGAUUCAUGUAUUUAUUGCAGGAUGUUUCAAACCUAUGUCUAGGAGGCUAAGAUAAAGUGUGUACAAUUAACAGGAUAUGAUCAAGGCUAUCUUGUAUACCAUUUAAAAGUUGUGAUAUUGGGUAAUAAUAAUUUGCCGCAGAGAGACUUCUAUAAUAAACUAUUUUCUGUG